AUGGACCAAACAGCAAAGAAAUCACUAAAAGAGCGACUUCAAUGUCCGAAGGAUGACGACCCCAAUUACGACAACACCACCUGGUGCAAUAGAGACUUGAUUCCCAUACCUCCCGAAAGGCGAACUUACGGCUUCGUUUCAUACAUGGCAUAUUGGACCGUUUCUGGCUCCAACAUUUCGGCAUGGACGGUGGGCAGCACGUUGCUGGCCUUUGGGCUCACUCCGCAACAAGCCAUCGCUGCAGUUGUUGUCGGAGGAAUCAUCACCGGCCUUCUCGCUGUGGCAUGUGGCUGGAUGGGCGCCAAACACUACAUAGGCUACACAGUCUCCAGCAGAUUCUCUUGGGGAAUGAGAGGCUCAUAUUUCCCCGUCAUUUUGCGUGUCUUUAUUGCAUCAAUGUGGUUCGGCAUGCAGGCAUUUUGGGGCGGCCAGGCCACUCGAGUCUGCAUUGGAGCCAUUAUUCCCGGCCUCGCACACUUGCCGAAUUCCUUCUCCGCUAGCUCACACCUUGAAACCAAAGAUUUUAUUGGUCUCAUCAUUUGGAUGUGCGCGUUUAUACCCGCAGUCCUUAUCCGACCCGAGCGUCUACAAAUUCCAUUUGCUGUUUGCUUUGUCCUCUUUUGUCUCACAGCUUUUGGAUUGCUCAUUUGGUCGGUGAGCCAGGCCCAUGGACCCGGAGCCAUGUUCCAUCAACCUGGCACAGCACCCAAUGUUGGAUGGGCUUUCAUGUUUAGCUUGACUGCUAUCAUGGGAGCCUGGGGCGGAGGUACUUUGGGUCAGUCAGAUUGGACUCGCUAUGCCACGAAACAAAUGGCACCGGUACCAUCACAGCUGAUUGCCUCGCCACUUACGAUAACCGUCACCGCUGUCAUUGGAAUCGUCGUUACCAGCGCUUCCCGAGAUAUUCUAGGCGGCGAGCUAAUUUGGAACCCAAUUUACCUCCUCGCUGCCAUGCAGGAGUAUUAUGGAUCGAAUUCUGGUGUUCGUGCUGGUGUCUUCUUUGGAGGCUUGGGGCUUGUUGCUUCCCAGCUCGCGAUUUCAGUUGUUCUCAACGCCAUGUCGUGUGGUAUGGACAUGGCCGGACUUUGGCCCAAGUACAUUAAUAUUCGACGUGGGGCAGCAAUUAUGGCGGUUAUCGGCAUCGCAAUCCAGCCAUGGCAACUUCUGGCCACCGCUGCCAAAUUCCUGCAAGUCCUCAGCGGCUUCGGAGUGUUUUUGGCCCCCCUAACAGGUAUCAUGCUUGCGGAUUAUCACAUCAUCAGACGACGCAAGCUCAAAGUAAACGAUCUGUAUUGUGGCGACAGUUCGUCUAUAUACUGGUACCAUGGCGGCUUUAAUUGGCGUGCACCAGUUGCUUUCAUCAUGGGUGCGUGGCCGAUGCUUCCUGGUUUGGUUGCCUCUGUCAAUGCAUCAACAGAUGCAUCGUGGGUUGGCUGGAUCCGACUCUACAAUUUAACCUUUAUCAUAGGUCUUGCUAUAGCCUUUGCUGUAUUUUUGGGGCUGAACCUAGCCAUUCCCCCCCCUGGACUUGGUGAGGAAGGAGAAUUUGAACCCAUUAACCACAGUAGAGCACCGUCAUCUGAUGGUGCAGGGGAUGCUCGCUUUGGUAGCCAAGAUGGGCAGCACGAGAAGACGGCACCAGUCUACGCUGUGUGA